AUGGCCUUGCCGUUUGUCACUCUCGGUAUCGACUUGGGCACCACCUCUGUGAAGGCCGCUUUGCUGGAGGCCGCGCCCGAGCACCCAUCGGGGUUCGUGGUCCUGGCGAGCUGUGCCCGAGCUGCGCGGGCGGACGCGGCGGCCGAGAGCGCGGCGGCCGGGCCCCAGGGGCGGGAGCAGGAUGUGAGUAGAAUUGUCCACACCCUGAAUGAGUGCCUGGCAGCCCUUCCCCGGGAGCAGCUCCGGAGAGUCGGGGGCAUUGGCGUGUCUGGACAGAUGCAUGGAGUCCUGUUUUGGAAAACAGGCCAAGGCUGUGAGUGGACAGGAGAGGCAGCUUCAGUGUUUGAGCCCCGAGCCGUGAGUCACCUGGUCACCUGGCAGGAUGGCCGGUGCAGCAGCAGCUUCCUGGCCUCUCUGCCUCAACCCGAGUCCCAUCUCAGUGUAGCCACGGGCUUCGGCUGUGCUACCAUCUUCUGGCUUUUGAAAAAUAGCCCAGAGCUCCUGAAGCCCUACGAUGCAGCUGGUACCAUCCAAGACUAUGUCGUUGCCAUGUUGUGUGGCUUGCCGAGACCCAUGAUGUCUGACCAGAAUGCUGCUAGCUGGGGCUAUUUCAACACCCGCAGCCAGAGCUGGAACACGGAGAUACUGAAGGCCUCGGAUUUUCCCGUCCAUCUGCUCUCGGACAUUGCUGAGCCUGGCAGUGUGGCAGGAAGAACUUCCCACGUUUGGUGUGAAAUCCCGAAGGGCACGCCGGUGGGUGUGGCCCUGGGUGAUCUGCAGGCCUCUGUCUAUUCCUGCAUGGCCCAAAGGACAGAUGCGGUUCUCAACAUCAGCACCUCGGUUCAGCUGGCAGCCCCCAUGCCUCCAGGGUUCCAGCCAGCGCAGACUCCUGACCCUGCAGCUCCGGUCGCGUACUUCCCGUACUUUGACAGCACCUACCUGGGGGUGGCAGCAUCCCUCAAUGGAGGCAACGUGCUGGCCAUGUUUGUGCACAUGCUGCAGCAGUGGACAGCGGAUCUAGGCUUGGAGGUCCAAGAAUCCACCGUGUAUUCACGCAUGAUCCAGGCAGCUGCACAGCAGAGAGAGACCUGCUUAACCAUCACCCCAACGGUGUUGGGAGAGAGGCACCUGCCAGACCAGCUGGCCUCCGUGACCAAAAUCUCCUCCUCCGACCUCUCCCUGGGGCAUGUGACCCGGGCCCUGUGCCGAGGCAUUGUUCAGAACCUGCACUCCAUGCUCCCCUUUGAGCAGCUCAAAGAGUGGGGUGUGCAGCGGGUCAUGGGCAGUGGGAGUGCGCUGUCCAAGAACGAGGUGCUGAAGCAGGAGGUGCAGAGGGCUUUCUCGUUGCCUGUGUCCUUCGGGCAGGACGUGGACGCAGCUCUUGGGGCAGCUCUGGUCCUGCUCCGGAGACACCUCAAUCAGAAAGAGCCCUAGUCAGUGAGUUCCGGGCCUGAGGGGCUGCUGUGAAACUUUACCUACUUGGCAUUCCUGACACUAAUUUUGGGUUGUGUUUUUCCCAGACAGGUCUGUGGGGGAAACUUUGAAGGCUCAUAAGGGUCCUUUAUCAAGCUUGUGGAAAAUUGAAUUAAAACAUUUAUU